GAACAUCUGGGAGGCUUGAUAUCUAGAGGCCAGCACUGCAUGUGUGUAUGUCUUUCUCCUGUGCUGACUCACAGCAUUGGAUCCUCUCUGGAAACACCCCCACCCUUCCAGUCAGCCUGUUUACACACACCCCUCCUGCUCCUCCCUGAUUUAAAUGUUUGGUUAGGAGGAAGAAGGAAAACAAGUUCAAGAGCUGCUCUCAGGCAUCUAGAAUUCUCUGCAUCAACCUCUUGCGGAGAGUCUGAUCUCACCUUUGACUCAUUUUUCUGCCAGCUGGACUCUCCUCUUAAAACACCAGUUUUAUUUGAACAUUUGGACAAAAGUGAAAGAAAAUUGUCUACAAGUGCCGAGGACCAUUCAGGACACAGUUUGAUACGGUUGAUAAGCGGUGGUCAAAACAGGAAGAUGGCAGACUUGAGGCCCAGCAUUCAAGCUGACCCUGAAAUCGAGCUUUUUGUGAAGGCUGGAAGUGAUGGUGAGAGUAUUGGAAAUUGUCCCUUUUGUCAACGUCUUUUCAUGAUCCUCUGGCUUAAAGGAGUUAAAUUCAAUGUGACUACCGUUGACAUGACCAGAAAGCCUGAAGAGCUGAAGGACUUGGCCCCAGGUACCAAUCCUCCCUUCCUGUUGUAUAACAAGGAGUUGAAAACAGACUUCAUUAAAAUUGAGGAAUUUCUAGAGCAAACAUUGGCUCCUCCAAGGUAUCCUCACCUGAGUCCCAAGAACAAGGAGUCCUUUGAUGUGGGCAGUAACCUCUUUGCCAAGUUUUCUGCAUACAUUAAAAAUACACAAAAGGAAGCAAAUAAGACUUUUGAAAAAUCUCUGCUGAGAGAAUUUAAGCGUCUGGAUGACUACUUAAACACUCCACUUCUGGAUGAAAUUGAUUCCGACAGUGCUGAGGAAGCCACGGUGUCCAGAAGAUUGUUCUUAGAUGGGGAUCGACUAACACUGGCUGACUGCACUUUGUUACCCAAACUAAACAUUAUUAAAGUUGCUGCCAAGAAGUUCCGUGACUUUGACAUUCCAGCGGAGUUUUCAGGAGUCUGGCGCUACCUGCACAAUGCCUAUGCCCGUGAAGAGUUUACCCACACCUGUCCUGAAGAUAAAGAAAUCGAAAAUGCCUAUGCAAGUGUGGCUAAGCUGAUGUGCUAGACUAGCUCUCUCAGGAGAUGACCACUCUCUUUCUUGGCAGAUUUCGCUUGCUGUCACAGUAGAAAGGUCUUUGGAUAAUAGAAUAUGGAAAAUACUAUUUCCUCACGCCGACUUUCUUACGAAAUACAGCACUAUAUCGUCUGUAUCUGCUGCAUCCAGUGGAUAUGUCCACUGUGCACUGCAUAGGUCUUCACAGCCUCACUGCAUUCUCGUUAUUCCCACACUAAAACCACUGCAAUCUGAGUCUUUUGCUGUUUGAUUUAAUUGCUCCUUUUUUUUUUUAUCUCAGUUCUGGUUUAUGAUGGUGAGGAGGUUUGAGCCUGGGACUUCAGAGGCUCAGGCAUGACAGUCUCUUUGCAUGACCAUUAUGCUAUCUACCCCACUGAUUUAAUGCCUAAACUGCAUCAUAUGUAAGCUUAACAAAUGUCUGGUGUUACAUAAGUAAAGACAUAAUCUCAAAGUGCUCCUUAAAAUAAUUUGGUAUAAAUAAUUUA